GACGAAGAGCCGCUCUACGUCAACGCAAAGCAGUACCACCGCAUCCUCAAGCGCCGUGCUGCGCGUGCCCGCAUCCUGCAGCGGCGCAAGCGCGAGCAACCGUACCAGCACGAGUCUCGGCACAAGCACGCCAUGCGCCGACCGCGCGGUCCGGGCGGGCGCUUCUUGACGGCCGAGGAGGUCAAGGCUAAGGAG